AUGUCUGAAGCUUACGAACGAGAAAGGCAAAACAACGCCCGCCUGGACGAACUAGCCUCCAAAGUCACCUCCCUGCGCGACGUCACAAUAAACAUCUACGACAACGCCCGCGACCAGCACAUUAUCGAUGACUCUAGCGAUCUAUUCGACAACUUCAGCUCCAGCCUAAAGCAGUCGACAGCGCGCAUCACGCGCAUGGCCUCCAGCGGGACAAAGUCGCAGACGCUGAAGAUGGCGGCGGUCGCCACGGGGACGAUAGUGAUGCUGUAUCUGGUCUGGGGCUGGUUCUUCUGA